AUGUGUAGUAGUCACAAAAACCGGAUUCUACUUCUGCUGCUGUCCUCUUUGGCAAUGUUCCAUGGAGUAUGCGGCACUCGUGAAUGCGUCACGAUAACCGGAGUUUUGAAAUGCCAUGACAGACCGUCUGCAGUUUCUGGCGUGGAUAUCAAGAUGUACGACAAAGACUACGAUGACGAAGAGGAACUGUCAGAUCCUGACGACAAGAUGGGGGAAACGCAAACCGACGAAAAUGGAAAAUUUUCUAUUUAUGGAUGUGCCUACGACAGCGACGGCUCGAAAGGUCCAAAUUAUCCAGAGCCGUAUAUAGAAAUAUUUCACUUUUGCCGCAACAGGCAAGGAAGGAAGACAAUGAUAAAGAGAAUUUUUCAGUUUCACCCAGCAGUCAAUGACUUAGGUAAUAUUUAUUUGGACGCAGACUAA